AUGGGGGAGCCCGAUUCAUGGGAGGACAUCGCGGGCCAGCAGCAGCCGCCGCCGCCAGGCGGCGCGGGCGGAUAUUACAACGCGCCGCCCGGCGCUGCCGGCGGAGCCCUCAACGUGAACGCGGCGGCGUUCGCUUUUAACCCGACGGCGGGCACGUUCGUGCCUAACUACGGAGGCCAGCCUGCUCCCGGUGGUGCUCCUGGCGCGUACGGCUACAACCAAGGCGGGUACGGUUACAACCCGCAAGCGGCGUACGGUUACAACCAAGGCGGUUAUGUCUCGAAAAUCCUUGGCGGUCCCGCAGUCACCAAAUCCCUCGGCGGACCCUCCGUGCAAAAGGUUCUCGGAGCUCCUGCACCCGCUGCGGCCCCCGCUCCAGCAGCGGCGGAACCUGCUCCGCCCGUCGCAGUCGCUGCUCCGCCCGCGGCGGAGGAGGAGAAGCCCGCGGAAGCGGAAGCGGAAGGGAAAGUGGAGAGCGGAGCGGAAACCCCAGCGGAAAGCGACGGAGCAGUGGACGCGGCAGCAGCGGCGGUGGAAGCGGUGAGCAUCAAGGAGGGCGAAAAGGACGAAGUGCCGCCCGCUGACGAAUCAGCAGCAUCCGCCAAGGCCGAAGCUGCAGCAGCGGCAUCGGCAUCAGCAGCACCAGCAGCAGCAGCGGUGGUGGUGGAGGAGGAGGAGGCGGAGGAGGAGUUUGAGAUCCCGGAGUCGGAGGACAAGCGCCAGCACCUCAACCUCGUCUUCAUCGGCCACGUCGACGCGGGGAAGUCGACGAUCGGAGGGCAGAUCCUGUACCUGGCGAACAUGGUGGAUGAGCGCACCAUCCAGAAAUACGAGCGCGAGGCCAAAGACAAGAACCGCGAGAGCUGGUACAUGGCAUACAUCAUGGACACCAACGAGGAGGAGCGAGCCAAGGGCAAGACAGUGGAGGUCGGGCGGGCGCACUUUGAGACGGAGAAGAAGCGAUACACCAUCCUCGAUGCGCCUGGCCACAAAAACUAUGUGCCAAACAUGAUCAGCGGCGCCUCUCAGGCGGACGUGGGCGUGCUGGUGAUAGCGGCGCGCAAGGGCGAGUUUGAGACGGGCUUUGAGCGUGGAGGGCAGACGCGCGAGCACGCGCAGCUCGCCAAGACGCUCGGCGUGUCGAAGCUGGUGGUGGUGGUGAACAAGAUGGACGACCCGUCCGUGCACUGGAGCCAGGAGCGGUACGACGAGAUAGUCACCAAGCUCACGCCCUUCCUCAAGCAGUGCGGCUACAACACCAAGAAAGACGUGCAGUACCUACCCAUAUCGGGCAUUCAGGGCGCCAACAUGAAGGAUCGGUUGAAGAAGGAGGUGUGCCCGUGGUACGACGGGCCGUGCUUCUUUGAAGUGCUCGAUGCCCUUGCCCCGCCCGACCGCGACCCCAAGGGCCCCGUCAGAAUGCCCAUCAUAGACAAGUACAGAGACAUGGGAACAGUGGUCAUGGGCAAGGUGGAGAGCGGCUGCAUCAAGCGAGGCGACACACUCACCGUCAUGCCCAAUAAGACGGUGGUCAAGGUGGUGACGAUAUACCGCGACAACGACGAGGUGACAUUCGCCCUGCCAGGGGAGAACCUCCGGGUGCGCCUCACAGGCAUCGAGGAGGAGGAGAUCUCCGCCGGCUUCGUGCUCUCCUCCCGCAAGCGCCCCAUUGGAGUGUGCACAGAGUUUGACGCUCAGCUGCAGAUCCUGGAGCUUCUGGAUCACAAGGCGAUCUUCACAGCGGGGUACAAAGCGGUGCUGCAUGUGCACAGCGUGGUGGAGGAGUGUGAGAUCAUCAGCCUGCUGCAGCAGACGGACCUCAAGACCAAGAAGCCCAUGAAGAAGAAACCGCUCUUUGUGAAGAGCGGCGCUAUCGUGGUUGUGCGCAUCCAGGUGAGCGACCCCAUCUGUGUGGAGAAGUUUUCAGACUUCCCUCAGCUCGGCCGCUUCACUUUGCGCGACGAGGGCAAGACGGUGGCGAUAGGCAAGAUCACUCACCUGCGCUCCAGCAGCUCUACCUGA